AUGGCAAAGUCAGACACAGCAUCCACAACGACAGAGCCAGACUCGCGUGACGCUCCAGGCCCAGAUUUCUCAAGCUAUCCACCAAUCUACGUUUUCCAGACGCACCUCAGCAUCGAGUCCCUGCACGCCAUCGAAGAGGAGCUAACAAACCACAACGCCCGGCUGACGUACGACAUCGAUGAAGCGCGCCUGAUGCUCGGCAAGAUUAGCCAGGCCAAGCGCGCAGCGCUGGAGCUGCGAGCGCUGGGGCUGUGGACGGAGGCUAUAACCGGGGGGUCGUCACCCCCUGCAAAACGCCGGCGGAUUGAACCCGCCGCCAUCGCCAGCCCUGAAUCCAGGGAGCUCAUCGACCUCAACACGGAGACAGAGGAUGAAAACGAGGUAGAGGGGCAGCACGGCUCAUCUAGACAUCUCGUGCCACGAGACCCCACCGCAGCGGAGCAGGGCAUCAUAACAGUGCUGAACCUAACCUGGCUCGAGCAAAGCAUACAACGCGGCACCCUCCUCCCGGAGGCAGAGUACACAGUGUACCACGCGCGCCGAAUCGAGCGUCCAGCACCGCCCCAGAUCCCCCAGGAUCCCCCAAGUACACAAAAAGGAAAAAGCACGCUCCUCCAACGCGCAAAAGCAGACACCGCCACCACCACCACCGCCUCCCCAACCCACACCAAACCCCCAGAAACCCAACCCCAGCACCACCCGCGCACCAAACCCACCCAUCCACCCCCAAAACUCUACCGCACGACCACCUCCGAAGCAGACGACCUAGCCACCCUCCCGGAGCCCCCAGACUGGGUGAAAACCCAAUCAACGUACAGCUGCACGCGCAGUACGCCGCUGCACCCACCGCCGCCAAACGCAGACUUCAUAUCCGAACUCGCAGACAUCCGAUUAAUCCGGGAACUGACACUUGACGACAUCGGCGUUCGCGCGUACAGCACAGCGAUCGCAGCCAUUGCAGCGUACCCGUACCCGCUGCGCCGGCCGGCAGAGGUGCUGAGGUUACCGGGGUGCGAUGCUAAGAUUGCGGGGUUGUUUUUUGAGUUUCAAGAGCGAGUAAAAGGGAAGUUGAGCGAAGCGCGCCCGUUAAGCGAGGACCCAACCCUGAGCACGCUGCACACCUUCUACAACAUCUGGGGCGUGGGCGCCAAGACAGCCCGGGAGUUUUACUUUCAGCGUGGAUGGCGGGAUCUCGAUGAUGUGGUGGAGCAUGGGUGGGGGGCGUUGACGCGCGUGCAGCAGAUCGGCGUGAAAUAUUACGAUGAGUUUCUGGCGGGGAUUCCCAGGGAGGAGGUCGAGGGUAUCGCCGCUGUUGUGAAGCGGCAUGCUGCCUUGGUUGAUGAGGAUGACGAGGGCGAAGGACAAGGGGUCGAGUGUAUAAUCACGGGCUCGCACCGGCGCGGGAAGCCCGUCUCCGGGGACGUGGAUCUGAUCCUCUCGCAUAGGGACGAUAGUAUGACCAAGAAUCUGGUGGUGGAUGUGCUGCGCAGUCUCGAGGCUGAGGGCUGGAUCACGCAUACGCUUGUGCUGCAUCAGGGCAGCUCCGCGCGCGAGCAGCAGACGGCGCCGUAUCGAGGGGAUAGUGCCGGGAGCGAUUCGCUGAGGCGGAAGAUGUUUGAUUCGUUGGAUAAGGGGCUGGUCGUUUGGCAGUGUCCUUAUUAUCCCUCCCGGGGAGAGGGAGAGCGCAACCCCAACCCCCAUCGAAGGGUCGAUAUCAUCAUCUCGCCGUGGCGGACGGUCGGGUGUGCGGUGCUGGGCUGGUCGGGCGACAAGACCUUCGAGCGCGAUCUCCGCCGGAUCGUCAAGAAGGAGCGCGGGUGGAAGUUUGAUUCCAGCGGAGUGCGCGAGCGGACGAGCGGUGGGCGCGUGAUAGAUUUGGAGUCCGCUGGGGAGACGUGGGAGGAGAGAGAGCGGUUGGUCAUGGAGGGGCUGGGGAUUGGUUGGCGCCCGCCAGAGGAGAGGUGUACACGAUAA